AAAAAAAAAGCAGAGCUUUUUCUAAACCCAUUAGAUACAAAAAGAACAAUGAGCCUUUAAAAACCCAAUUCUGAUUCCUUUCUCUUCUCGGACAAAACAUUUCGGCGAAGCAAUGUCGUCUUUUGCGCUAACGUUACAUAUUCCGUCGGUGGUGUCGGUGAGGAACACCAAACUCGGACGGAGUCUCAGUGAUUGUGGUCGGAAUUGGUCAGGACUUACUAAGUUGUCGGAGAAAUCGAAGAGCAAACGAGGUUAUGGUCUCUGCUGUAAGGCGGAGCUGUCGGAGCUAGCUCCAGCCGUCUCUGCUGGUUAUGGUGUUCUUCUUCUAGGAGGCGGUCUCUUCGCUUAUAGCAAAUCUGGAAGCAAGGGUUCUCUCUUUGGUGGUUUGACUGGUUCUGUUCUUAUGGCAUCUGCCUACUUCCUCACUAAGUCACCAGAGACGAGAGUGCUUGGCGAUACCAUAGGACUAGGCUCUGCCUUCCUCUUCUCUUCCGUCUUCGGUUUUCGUUUGGCAUCUUCCCGGAAACUGGUCCCUUCGGGGCCGCUACUCCUCCUUAGCAUCGGCAUGUUGUCCUUCUUUGUAAUGGCUUAUAUGCACGACAGUUUACCCGCUAUACCCGUACCGGAUCCGUUACCUCUACCUUAAGCCUACAUGACCAUGGGCUUUUAAGAAGACAGGACAGUUCUCAAAGCAUGAAUCAGAAACUGUUUUGCUUUUGCCCACACACCAAUAAAUUGCUAGGCUUUGUGAGGCUAAUGUGGAGAGAAUAAUGUUUGUUUGAGGUUUGUUGCUAAAUCAGACACAGAUGCAUCUCCAUUCUAGAUGAAAGUUUUUAGCUUUCUGAUCUUCAAUGAUAACAAGAGUAGGGUGAAAUAUUUUGUGAAAAAACUCUUUGGAAAUUUGAGCGAGAUUGGCUACAAAUAGUCAAGAUAGAAAGUAUAUGAACUCAAGACAGAAAGUGAUGUACCAUUGAAU